AUGCUUCUGUUCUUCGAGAAAAAAGACACAGACAGUUUAAAAGAAAUACAUUUUCUUUUGGUACAGCAAAGCAAAAAUCAGUACCAGGAUCUGAAAGCUCUUAUUGAGAACAUUGAAUUGUCGAGGAAGAACAAUCAAGAACGUCCAAUCCAAAAUUGCAUCGAGGAAUAUGCCAGACUGGAAGCUGAAUUUAGAAUUCUGCAGGCAAAUCACACACAAUCUUCCUUGAAACCGGACCACAACAGCACGACAGGAACAACAGGAACACCAGGAACAACAGGAACAACAGGAACACCAGGAACAACAGGAACAACAGGAACACCAGGAACAACAGGAACAACAGUGCAUCAUUUACGUUGCAGGCCAGGCUGGGAGCAACAUGCUUCACGCUGCUUUCAUAUGCCCCAGUACACCAAGAACUGGGAAAAUGCUCGUGAGGAUUGCAUUGAUCAGGGGGGUGACCUGGCAGCUGUUUUGGAUGUUGAAGACCAGAAAUUUUUGACCAACCUGACUUUUCAGUUUGUACAGGAAUAUCUUCAAAACGAUUUCCAUUCAGCAUGGAUCGGUUUACAUGACCAGGUGCAGGAGGGCACAUUUGUAUGGGUCAACAGCAGCAGACCCAAUACAGAAGUCACUUACUGGAAAGAUGGGGAACCAAACAAUGCCAUUGCACCCUGGGACGCUCAACAGAGAGGACAAGACUGUGUUGCCAUUAUACCACCCAAAAACAUUGGAGCAGGGGACUGGUUACUUAACUGGGAUGACAUUAUCUGUGUUGGCAAACGGCACUUUGUGUGUGAAACAGCUGUUGAUCGUCCUCCAUGAUCCAGUCAGGCACUCUUCUCUUAACAUGUAAUGUAAUAUACAUUACAUACAUAAUACGGUAUAUAGUGGCAUAUACAGUCAUGUGUGAGGAUAUACGAUAAUUCUUCAACAACGACAGUACAAUAUGAAUAACCUGUGUUCUUCACAAGGUUAGUGAGAAAAUGAAAGUUAGACAUGUUAAAUGUUUGUUGCUUUUGUGAAGAUUUUACAAUGUA